GAAGUUAUCAUGGCCAACUUUUCAACUCCCGUCAGCUUCCGAAUCUCUCUUCCUUCUUCCUUGUUAAGGUUUUUUUUUUUUUUUUCUUUUUUUAAAUAUUUUGAGAGUUGAAUUGAAUUGAAUUCACCAAACCAACUCGGAGGUAUCCAUACCAUAGACACCGGUCGUUUUCGUGCUUUCUUUGCCGUUUUAGCGAAAACCCGUGUAGGCCAUAGAGCUCGAAAGAGUUGACAAGAGGAAAAGUAAAACAGGGCAAGUAAAGAGACAUCAUCAGGUUUCUCCAGCCGAUGAAGUGCUUCUGCUACUUCAAGGACAGAUCAAGGUCGAGGCAGCGACGGUCGGCCCCGGAGCUGAAAACCUCUGGGACAUCGGAUACUUCGGGGGCGGCCGACCGGCUGAUCAAAUCUUCGUGUUCUGCCACUUCUCCGAGGGGCAUACCGGAGCUCUACGAAGAGAAGGCUCACAACUUGCGGGUGUUCAGGUUCUCGGAGCUAAGGCAGGCAACAAAUGAUUUCAGUCGGCUUCUUAAGAUCGGUGAGGGUGGGUUUGGGAGUGUUUACAAAGGGAGGAUCAAGCCUGAAGAUGGAAGAGGCGAGCCGGUCCUCGUCGCCAUUAAGAAACUCAACCAGGAUGGCGUGCAGGGUCAUAAACAAUGGGUUGCGGAAGUUCAGUUCCUCGGUGUUGUGGAUCACCCAAAUCUCGUCAAGCUCAUAGGCUACUGUGCUGAUGAUGGUGAGAGAGGGAUCCAGCGGCUUCUCGCAUACGAAUUUAUGCCUAACAAAAGCUUAGAAGAUCAUCUCUUCAAUAAGACAUACCGGCCUCUCUCUUGGGAAGUUAGGCUGCAAAUAUUACUCGGAGCCGCUCAAGGGUUGGCAUACCUGCACGAAGGAUUGGAAGUCCAGGUCAUACACCGAGAUUUCAAAUCGUCAAACGUGUUGCUAGACGAAGAAUUCAAAGCGAAGCUGUCAGACUUUGGACUGGCCAGGGAGGGCCCGACUGCGGAUCGGACUCAUGUUUCAACUGCUGUGGUUGGGACGCACGGAUAUGCUGCUCCUGAUUACAUUGAAACAGGACAUUUAACAACGAGGAGCGAUGUGUGGAGCUUCGGAGUAGUUAUAUAUGAGGUUCUGACGGGUAGGAGAUCCGUGGAGAGGAACCGCCCAAGAUCGGAGCAGAAGCUCCUGGACUGGGUUAAACAUUACCCUGCGGACAGCAAGAAGUUUAUAAUGAUAAUGGAUCCACGACUCGAGAACCAGUACUCGGCCGGAGCAGCUAGUAAGAUUGCGAAGCUAGCAGACAGCUGUUUGCAGAAAAAUGCAAAAGAGCGGCCCAAGAUGAGUCAAGUCGUGCAGAGUCUGAUGGAGGUAGCACAAACCUCCUCGGGGGACCGUAGCCCUAUUGAAAAGAGCUUCGAUUCACCAGAGAACUGUCCCACUGCUCCGGAGAAUGAGGCCAGUCAAGGUGGGGCCUCGGAAUCUUGGAAAAGGCGAAUGGCCCAUCUAGCCAAACUGGGAGAACAAGUCGAGGGUUCGGGUCGGAGGAGGUUUUUGAUGAUGCAGAGGGCAAAAGUUCAAUGAAUUACUCUGUUUCUAGCUGAGCAGAGGUGAGGGAAAUUGUAUGUUGAGGUUUGUUGAGAAUGGACUUUAGUUAAUGAACGGCUCAGCAGUUUGCCACAGCAAAACGUAUAGCUUGUAGAACUAAAAUGAAAUAUAAUGGAGGAUUGUUUUUGUUGAGAACCUA